UUUUGAUCUAUUGCUGGCUAUGUCCUUGCAAUGAACUUUUAGUAAUUGUGCAGGGCCAAAUCACCCUUGGGUCCCUAGCAUUAUUUACAUAUUUGAGCCCUAGAGGCUUAGAGCAGGUUGAUCGACUUUCAGAGAGAUGAGUCGUAUUUCUGUGCUUUAGACCCAAACUGCCCAAUAAAGAGAUCGGUCUCUGACCAAGAAAAAUGGGAUAAAAAAGAAGCCAACGCAUUUUUCUACCCAUGAAUGAAGCUUGGUCCUGUGAAUAGCUGAUUCUGUGAUUUGGUGGGAGAAGAGGAGGCAUAAAAAAAUUUCAAAAUGACUUCCAUAUUGACUCGCACUUUAAGAAAUCUGCCUCUGACAUCUACCUGGGCCACCAAAUUCCCUUUAAGAUCACUGACCACCUCCCAGCCACUGACAUCAGCUGUGCAAACCCAAAGUAAGAAGACUUUAACCAAGCCCAAUGUGAAGAAUAUUGUGGUGGUGGAUGGUGUGCGCAUUCCCUUUCUGCUGUCUGGUACCACAUAUAAAGAUCUGAUGCCACAUGAUUUAGCCAGAGCAGCACUUAAGGGCUUAUUACAUCGAACCAAUAUCCCAAAGGAUAGUGUCGAUUAUAUUGUCUAUGGUACAGUUAUCCAAGAAGUGAAAACAAGCAAUGUUGCUCGAGAGGCUGCCCUGGGAGCUGGCUUCUCAGACAAGAUUCCUGCUCAUACUGUUACUAUGGCUUGCAUCUCUUCCAACCAAGCCAUGACAACAGGUUUUGGUUUGAUUGCGUCUGGCCAGUAUGAUGUGGUUGUGGCAGGUGGUGUGGAGUUAAUGUCGGAUGUCCCGAUUCGACAUUCUAGGAAGAUGAGAAAACUGAUGCUUGAGCUUAACAAGGCCAAGACUCUGGGUCAGCGAUUGUCUGUAGCUUCUAAAUUCAGGCUGAAUUUCUUGGCACCAGAGCUCCCUGCUGUGGCUGAAUUCUCAACCAGUGAAACAAUGGGCCAUUCUGCUGACCGACUGGCUGCUGCGUUCUCUGUUUCCCGUAAAGAGCAAGAUGAGUAUGCCCUUCGUUCUCACAGUCUAGCCAAGCAAGCCCAGGAGCAAGGGCUGCUCACUGAUGUCAUCGCCUUCAAAGUUCCAGGAAAAGAUACAGUUACCAAAGAUAAUGGCAUUCGUCCUUCUUCUUUGGAACAAAUGGCAAAACUGAAACCUGCAUUCAUUAAACCGUAUGGCACAGUCACAGCUGCUAAUUCCUCUUUUCUGACAGAUGGAGCUUCAGCAAUGCUGAUUAUGUCAGAAGAAAAAGCUUUGGCCCUUGGCUAUAAACCAAAGGCAUACUUAAGGGAUUUUGUGUAUGUGUCUCAAGAUCCAAAAGAUCAACUUUUACUGGGGCCAACAUAUGCCACUCCAAAAGUGCUAGAAAAAGCAGGCUUAACACUGAAAGAUAUUGAUGUCUUUGAAUUUCAUGAAGCUUUCUCAGGUCAAAUUUUGGCUAAUUUCAAAGCGAUGGAUUCAGAUUGGUUUGCACAAAACUACAUGGGUCGGAAAUCAAAGAUUGGUGCACCUCCUUUGGAGAAGUUUAAUACCUGGGGUGGAUCCCUGUCCCUUGGACAUCCCUUUGGCGCUACUGGUUGUCGUCUGGUCAUGGCUGCUGCCAACAGAUUAAGGAAAGAUGGUGGUCAAUAUGGAUUAGUUGCUGCCUGUGCAGCUGGAGGACAGGGCCAUGCCAUGAUUGUGGAGGCUUACCCCAAAUAAGAGGACUAGAAAGUCCCUGAAGAAUCUGUGGGAGUCACAUGCCAGACAACACCAUUUUAGUGCACUGAUAUGAAGUCAUCUAUAAUUGUGUGCUUUCGUUAAAUAGCUCCUAAGUAAGCCUCCUGAGUGUUUUGAGCUAUUCAGUUAUCAUGACUUGUAACUCUUUCAAGGAUUUCUUAACCUAACAAUAUAAUGCUUCCAAACAGGUCUUUUUUCUUUUUAAAUUUUUUUUGUCAGUUUCAUUAGAAACUAAAUGAGUGGUUGUAAUUUUGGGGAACAGAUUAUUAAGAUUUGAAAUCAUCUGUGUUACAUUCUCAAAAUCUACUCAUUCAGAACUUUAUUUUGCUAAUAAUAUAGAGAUAAAUUUGGGUUCUUACAUUCGAAAUAAAAUACAAACCAAGUGCCUAAUCUAAUUUAAUAAUGAAAGGAUGAUGUAAAACCUAAACUACACUGAGAAACAUCAGUAAAUGUUUAGGUAUGGAAAUAUCAUCCCUAUUUGCCCACCUUAAUAAACAUAAGAAGUAUUAGA